AAUUCCUCUAAAUUAAAGCUCCAUUGUUGGAGCGGCGACCAUGCAAAGUGUAAUUAACACGGUGAAGGGCACGGCUCUCGGCGUUGCAGGGUACCUGACGCCUGUACUCAAGGAGUCUAAGUUUCAAGAGACAGGAGUGCUGACCCCAGAGGAGUUUGUGGCUGCGGGGGAACACCUUGUGCACCACUGUCCUACGUGGCAGUGGGCGCGCGGCGAAGAGGGAAAGGCGCGCUCAUACCUACCUGCCGACAAGCAGUUCCUCAUCACACGAAAUGUGCCAUGCUACAGGCGAUGUAAACAGAUAGAGUACUGCGAGGACAAAGAAAAGGUGAUAGAAGACGAGCAGGAUGAGGAUGGUGGGUGGGUGGACACACAUCACUAUGACAACACUGGCUCACCCAGUUUGGAGGAAAAAGUAUGUGAUAUGACGUUGGAAGCGGCAGAUGCAGGCGACAGUGAGGGGGAGGGACGGGGAUCAGGCGAGGGGGAUGACAACGACGACGAUGAUGACGAAGAUGGGGAGGCAGAGGACAUGGAGCAGUUUCAAGAGUCCGGAUUGCUGGAUGAGGUUGACCCCUCGACAGCGCUGGCACCGCGGCGUGAGUCCAAAGUAGAGACGGAGAAACCGCGAGGUGUGGGGGGUGCUGGCGAGACGGACGAUAUUCUGCGCACGCGCACCUACGACCUGCACAUAACCUACGACAAGUACUAUCAAACGCCGCGCCUCUGGCUCAUCGGCUACGAUGAGAAUCACACUCUGUUAAGCGUGGAGCAGAUGUACGAGGACGUGUCGCAGGACCACGCCAAGAAGACCGUCACCAUGGAAUCCCACCCGCACCUCUCCGGGCCAAGCAUGGCCUCCGUUCACCCUUGCCGGCACGCGGAGGUGAUGAAGAAGAUAAUCGAGACGGUGACGGAGAGUGGCGGCGAGAUGGGAGUGCACUGCUACCUCAUAGUGUUCCUGAAAUUCGUGCAAACCGUCAUCCCCACUAUCGAGUACGAUUUCACGCAAAACUUCUCUAUUAACAAGUCUUAGAGUCAAAACGCGGCUUGUUUUAUAAUUUCAC